AUGCGUCCCACCUCAAGCUAUCAGCUACGAGCAACGUUAGCGGUACUUCUUCUGUUCCUCUCAUGCCUCGCUCUGGCCUCAUCAGAGUCAAAAGAUGCCAGCAACACGUUGUCUCAACGCGACGAGGAAGCAGGUUCAGGAUGCAGUACAGAGGGCCAGUGGCACUGUAUGACCAAUUCAUUUCAGAGAUGCGCAGGUGGACACUGGUCGAUCAAGAUGGCUAUGGCUGAAGGGACAAAAUGUGAGCCAGCGGGUUACACUGAUGACUACAAUUUUCGAAUUGAACAUGAUGGCCAAGGGAAUGGCGAUGGGCGUGCUGAAGGACAGAGUAGUAGGGGAUCCAACUUGGGAUCAAGAGCUUCGGCAAGCGGGAUUACUAUUGUGGUCAUUUCUUGUCUCUGUAUUACUGUGGGAAGUCUUUGCUAG